CCGCCCUUGAAACCCACUCUCUACUCUACAAAUACACCGAAUACAGGCCUUGGGUGGUGGUGUUUUUUGUGAAUUCUUAGAUUGUUAAAUCGGAAUCUGGUAAGGAACAACUCAAAAAGGGAGUUGAAUAUAAUUGGGAUAUAGAAGAAGAGGUUUCGAUGAAGCCUGCAUGGCUAAAGGGGCUAAUGGAGGAGAAAUUCUUCGAGCAGUGCGGGAUCCAUCAGAAUCGCAGGAAGAACGAAAAGAAUAUUUUCUGCUUGAAUUGUUGCCGAAGCUUUUGCCCUCAUUGUCUUCCUUCUCAUACCACCUCUCAUCCUUUACUCCAGGUUAGGAGAUAUGUGUAUCAAGAUGUUAUUAGAUUGGACGAUCUCGAAAAGCUCAUCGACUGUUGCUACAUUCAGCCCUACACAAUAAAUAGUGCAAAAGUCAUAUUCUUGAAUCAAAGAGCUCAAUCUAGAUCUUGCAAGGGUUCUGGCAAUACUUGUUUCACCUGUGACAGAAUUCUUCAGGAGCCAUUUAACUUUUGUUCACUCUCAUGCAAGGUGGAUCACAUGACUUGUCAAGGAGAAGAUUUAUCGAGUAUUCUGUAUAGAUUUGAUGAAUCUGAUUUCACCAUAUCGCAAUUCGAGGGGCUAUGCAUGGAUGUCUCAGACGAGGCUCAAAUGACGCCCAAUCCCUUCUUAGAGGUCGACCCAAUAUUGGAAGAAUAUAGAGGCGCGUCUGAUUCUAGUUACGGCAUUGGCAAUUCUGCGAUCUUCAAGGAAAAAGAAACCGCGAAAAUGAAGGGGAAAGGCGGGUUUCUUCCUGGUAUUAUGCUCUCCUUGAGCAGCAGGAGAAAGGGAGCUCCUCAUAGAUCUCCUCUCUCUUGAACCUCGAUGCUUUAAGGAACAUCUCAAGUCAAAAUUUUAAUUGAAUUCAAUAGUAUGUCAUUGGGAAUUAAUUAGUGUCUCCAUAAAUAUGUUACGUUAUUUAUGCAAUUUUAUCAGAAACCAUCGGUGAUUAAUUAAGGUCGUAUUGAAUAGAACUAGUUAAUAUUGCAUAAUUGAAAUAAAGUUGGUUUUAUACUAA